UAUCUUAACGUCAUAUUAUCGUGCAACGAAACCAUAUGAGCUCCGCUAACCUGGAAACCUCAGCAAAAAGAAGACGGAAGUAACAGGAUAGUGUUUUCUAGCAUUCGACUACCGCAACAUACUUUUCGCUACGGUUGUCAAUCAUCUUAUACUCGUUCGGUCAACGGGGUGCAAUGUCGGUGAACUGGCCCUCUCGCUCCACGGACGAUGAUAUAAGAACCACUAAGAUUCCCAGUAACCGGGCAUCUACGUCGGAGCAGCAUCCGAUCGAUCGACGACUAAAAGGUCUUAAGGAAGACAUCCUUCCUCUUUAUCCUUUUCUCCUAACUGUGCCCACCGAUGUGCCUUUUCGCCUUGGUGGCCGCUUUGUCAAUAAUUGGGCUGUGGGUAAUGACGGGCCGUUCGCUCCAGAAGAGCACCAACUUCAGUAUAUGACCUUCUUAACUCAUCACGAAGGAGAUUCUUUACUAGUGGCUGUUGGUGAUUGGUCAGACGGGACUGGAAACGUCAUGUCCGACCAGCGCUCCGGGCUUCAAGGUGCAGCAGGCACUGCAUGGAAUGGGUCUCUCAAAAAGAAGAUCAGCCUGAACGAUUAUAAGAAUAAAAGAAAGACAGGAGCCUCACCUCCACAUUUCGGCCAGGAAGCUUCCAGCCAACAAGACUCUGCACUUGACGACAGCCGACGAGGCCCCAAAGCCAGCCCUGCUGGAGAUAAUCCACAGAGGUUCUCGGAUAAAGUCACGAAUUCACACAUAUCUACCCGACCUGAUUCUGAAACCCUAGAACGGAAGCGCGCUCCCGAGACUGAGUCAGAGCGGGCCGAAUUGCAGGAAAAGAAGAGUUCCGAAAUAGGCGUCUCGAAGAGGCCGAAACUCUCUCCCGAAGCGGCAGCAGAGCUCAAUAAGUCUGGGCGCACGAAAUCCAAUGGUCUUCCAACUCUCUUAUCGCCCACACUUCCACCAACUUCAAGCAGCCCUAAACUACCUAGGCUCUUAUCGCCAACCCUCCCGCCAGAUAUAGAGAAAGAGCUCGCCAAACUCGGUGAGGAUGCAUUUGUUUUAGACUCUUCACGGGCGAAAAAUGCCCCUACUAGUGAUAUGCUGAGGGCCAAAUCUCACAAAGCAAAAUGCUCCGAUUACGGCACGUCAUACAAAGAUUCAAGUCCCGCCAUUAGCCGUCAGGGUUCGCGAAGCAAACACCUAAGCCCCAUGUCUGAUAAGCGUCCAUCUGCUACUCAAGACCCUAUGAAUCCUUGUUUAGGCGGAAUUUCCACGUCCGGUUCACGAUACCAACCAGAUGACAAGCUAAAUAGCUAUGAGAGAUUAGCGAAACCGCAACUACUGAUAAAGCUCAAGUAUGGCAGGGCGAAUAGGAAGCGUGUCGAGGGUCUCCUUAAAUUUUCUGGGAAAAGAAAAGCGGUGCCUCCAAGUUCACCUGUGAAGAAUCCAGCCGAUCUCGAAUCAAAUACGAGCAAGAAACUCACUGAAAAUGUGCCAAAGGCUACGACGUCUGAUAACUCCCCUUUUAGGCUUUACCGGUCUGAAGGGAAAUUAAAACACGUUCUGAGCAGCCAAGUGCCUAGGGUUGCAGGCUCAGAAAAGCCUCGAACCCCCGUGUCUUCCAUUCCUGGUGCUAUGGCAUAUGGCCAGGAGAAGACCAAACAUGCCUUAGCCACAACUGUUAAAGAUGUUAAAGACUCUAGUCAUCGCUCAGAAUCUGUGAGCAAUGAAGGCAGAGCAUCCUCUCAGCAAACUAUCAAAUGUCCGUCAGGGGAUUCGGCCAUAGCUGUAAAACCAUCUCUGGCACAAGUAAGCCAUCAGCCAGGCGCGUCACGCAAUGGUGAGCGCCGAGCUUGGAAAGACGAAUAUCAGAAAUACGGGAAUCUAGGCCGGGAGUUAAAGCAUGCCGCGGAGCGGCACACUGCCAGGGAUUGCGUGACUGAUGUCGACGAGAAGCUUGCGGCUGCUACUGCAAUUGAAGCUAUCCUCUGCUUCAUUCUAGCCUUUGUUGCUGAUGAUCAAUCUAAGAUGCUGUCUCGUCAGAUCAGCGACUCGUCAUCUUGGCUAUCUAUACUCGCUUAUUGGCGCGUGGUCAAAAAGAAUAGCGCCCCCUUCCCUCGACUUCACAGCCUUUGUUUGAUUCUUGGCGCUACAUCUUAUGAUGCUAUUCAUGCGCUUGAUUUAGAGAGGCUUGCGGUCACCCCUUUACCGGGGGAGCAAACCCCUGCACUAACACUAGGUAGUGAUGCAAAUACUGUUCUAUUCGAUGAAAACAAAAAGAAUCGCAAGGAAAUCCUGGAGUUGAAGAAUCGGCUGCCUGACAGUUAUAAAGAAUCCCGGAGGCUGUGGUUUGAAGGCUCACAGGGUCUUUCAGAAGACAUUCUUGUUUGUGAAUUUCCGAACACUUGGUCUAGGCGGUCUAAAAAUUACUCUGAACAAGGGAGGCAACAACUUAAACCUGGUGACUACUCUGGUGAGUUUUUCCUACCCUUGGGAAGAAUGACCACACCAGUAGAGACUGUCCGGUUUGGUUAUUCAAUACUGCGAGAGUGGUGCAAAAGGGAAGGUGUGGAAUGGAGUGGUCGGCUCUGUCUAUAGCAUCUCCUUAUCUCAAUCUUUCAACCCCCACACCCCUCUUCUUUUUUCUUUCUUUUUCUUUUUAAGAUUUCCAGCGGUCUGCGUUGGCGUCAUUGGAAGUUAGGCGAGAAGCAAGUGGCGUACAGAUAUCAUUCAUUUGUUACCUGUUAUUAUACUAUGAUACCACGGGUUAUAUCCAUUUUGUGAUAGAGGUCAUGUAUAGUUGCACCUGGCUCAGGUAUAUUUAUUUCUAUGAGAGUACUUUUCUGUAUUCUGCAGACUAGUGUAGAUAUUAUUCAGGACGUAAAUCUUUGCGGUUAG